AUGAGCAAUAAAAUAUUCAGUAUUGAUACUGAAAAGGAAGUACAAGAAAUUGAUUCAGUGAAAAAACCACCCACUUCAAAUUCAGCAUCUUCAUCGAUUAUAUCAACCAGUAAUGAACUAGUAAAGCCUCGGAAUAACAGAUGGCGUAAUUUUUGCGAUUCAUUCAAGCCGCCGCCACAACCACUGGUUGAAGAUUAUGAUGAUGAACAACAAAAACAUCGGCCAACGAGCAAUCUGGAUAGCACUCUGUCUUGUUCUCUACGAGAUAUAGAUGCAGGCUUGGACUUGGAGUAUAAUGAACAGAAAACAAGUCCGAGUGGUGGGGGAGGAUCUCCCUUGAAGCAAAGUUUGAAAAAGAGACAAAUAAAAAUGAUAGCCUUGGGGGGUUGUGUAGGGUCCGGAUUGUUGGUUGCCUCGGGUGAUGCAUUGAAAGAUGGUGGUCCUGCAAGUAUGUUGAUUGCAUGGGCUAUUGUUUCAUCUUUUCUUUAUUGUACAAUGCAAGCAUUGGCUGAAUUAUCCAGUUCAUUUCCUGUUUCCGGAUCAUUUGCUACGUAUUCAAUCAAGUUUAUUGAUCCAAGUUGGGGUUUUGCAAUGGGUUGGAACUAUGUGCUAUUAUGGAUUGUAGUUUUGCCAUUGGAGUUGGUUGCUUCUUCAAUGACUAUAAAUUUUUGGAAUUCAAACAUUAAUAGUGUUGUUUGGGUUGCUAUAUUUUAUGUGUUGAUUAUUGUGCUUAACCUAUGCGGUAAUCAAGGUUUUGGAGAAACAGAGUUUGUCGCAUCAAUAAUCAAGUUAUUGGGAAUUGUGGGAUUUGAUAUAUUGGCCAUUGUCUUGAUUUGUGGUGGUGGGAAACAGGGCUACAUUGGUGGGAAAAACUGGCAUCCGCCAUUUGCACAUGGAUUCAAGGGAGUUAUUUCUGUUUUGUUGACUGCCACUUAUUCAUUAGCGGGAACAGAAUUGGUUGGUUUAACUUCAGCAGAAUCAGCAGGUGAUGCCAGGAAAAUAUUACCAAAGGCUAUAAAGCAAGUUGUUUGGAGAAUAUUGAUAUUUUAUAUGUUGACAUUGACAUUGAUUGGGUUUUUGGUCAAGGCUGAAGAUGCAACAUCUUCAUCGCCAUUUGUCAUUGCUAUACAACAAGGUGGAAUCAAGGCUUUACCAUCAGUGUUCAAUGUUGUUAUCUUGGUGGCACUUUUAGCCAUUGGAAACUCUGCAGUUUAUGGCUUUUCAAGGACCAUUUUGGCCUUGGCAGAACAGGGAUUGGCACCACAGAUUUUCAUGUACGUUGAUAGAAAGGGUAGACCAUUGGUUGGAAUUGCAGUAUCUGCGUUUGUUGGAUUAAUGUCGUUUGUUUCUGCAUCCAAGUAUCAAGACGAGGUAUUUUCAUGGUUGGUUGCUAUAUCUGGAUUAUCUACUUUGUUCACAUGGGGUAGUAUCAACGUUGCUCAUAUCAGAUUUAGACUGGCAUUGAAGGUUCAAAAUAGAUCAUUGGAUGAUUUGCCAUAUAGAUCAAAUACUGGCCUUAUAGGAUCUUAUUAUGGAAUAAUCAUGAUAUUGAUAGUAUUGGGAUUACAGUUUUGGUUGGCACUUUUCCCAAUUGGAAAGCCUCCAUCAGCACAGUAUUUUUUCAAGAUAUAUCUUGGAGCUGUUAUCGCUAUUUCUUUUUACAUUGCUCAUAAAUUAUGGACGAGACAUUGGGUCAUGUAUAUUAGAGCUCAAGACAUUGAUUUGGACAAUGGGAAGUCAGAGACUGACCUUGAAAUGCUUCGACAAACAAUUAAGGAGGAGAAGGAGGAGUACAGGGCAAAACCAUUGUACUAUAAAAUCUACAACUUUUGGUGUUGA